AGUUUAUUAAUUAGAUAUUUACAUUUAGGAUUGUAUUUUAAUUUUAAAAGCGAUAAAAAAGAUUUAGAAAUUGUAUAGGUAUUUAUUACAGUUAAAUAAUCUAUGGCUUGUAAUCAUAGACAUCCACUUUACUUUGACUAAAUAUCAUAUACAACCACCACACAGUGCGAUAAAAAAAUGUUUUCGAAAAGAUGAAAUUGGUUAGGUGAUCAUAACAUAACCCUUAAUUUAUUAUUUGAAAGCAUAUAUCGAGUAGAUGUCGGUAAUAUUUACACCAAAACUAUUAAAAAUAUCAAAUGGAACAUUUUGUUUGUAUAAUAGUGUUAGAUUAGCCAGUAAAUUGACGUCAGCGUACUGUUUAGAUUCCGUCAAGAAAUAUGACUACGAAAAUUUCGUGUGUACGUUAUUGCUUAAUAAUAGUGCAAGAUCUUCCGCUUUCGCGAUUAGAAGUUUUAAUAUUGAAAUAGCCCAAAUAGCCGAACAUGUAUCACAAGAAAGUAUAGGAUUAAUGAGGCUGAAAUUUUGGGAGGAAACCCUCGAUAAAUGUCUGUCCAAAGAUUAUAAACAAGUACCUAAACAUCCUGUAGCGCAAGAACUAUUUAGGGCGAAUAGUAGGCAAAAACUAACGAAACGUUACUUGAAUAAUUUGAUUAAGUGUAGAAAAAAUAAUUUAAGUACGCCGCAUUUUAGAAAUUUAGACGAUAUGGAAAAAUAUGCAGAACAAUCUGUAUCUAGUGUAUUUUAUCUAGUUUUGGAAUGUUGCGGGAUCAAAAACAUGGAUGCGGAUCAUGCUGCUUCACAUUUAGGAAAAGCCCAAGGCAUUAUACAACAUUUAAGAAGCGUGCCCCAUAGUCGCCGUUUAAAUUUUUUACCAAUACCCCAAGAUAUACUCACUAAAAACAAGGUGAUUCAUGAAGACGUGAUAAGGGGUAGAAAAAGCGUGGAAUUAACCGAAUGUACAUUCGAAAUAGCCAGUAGGGCGCAUCAACAUUUGGUAAAAGCCAAAAGUCUCAUGAAAAAAGUACCUAAAGAAGGAAGAAAAGUGAUGCUUCCAGCAGUACCGGUUUCUAUUUAUCUAAAUAGGUUGCAAAAAGUAAAUCACGACGUAUUUCAUCCAUCACUGCAACAUAGAUCUUGGAAACUAUUACCGCAGCUUUGGUUUUGCAAUUUUAGGAAUAAAUAUUGAUGGAAAUAGUUUUUUUUGCUCUUGGAGCAUCUAGUAGUUGCUCCGUUAGCUUUGGGUAUCGAUUCCCUUCUUUCCUCGUUAUUUUUAUGAAUAUAAAUGAUAAAAAAAUAAAAAUUAUGUUCGAUA